AUGCAGGCCAUGCCCGAUACUCGCCAGCAGAGCUUCGACGAGAUCUACGGGCCGCCCGAGAACUUUCUCGAGAUUGAGGUCCGGAACCCGCGAACGCACGGCAUAGGGCGCCACAUGUACACCGACUACGAGAUCCUCUGCCGCACCAACAUCCCCGCCUUCAAACUGCGGCAGAGCAGCGUGCGGCGACGCUACUCCGACUUUGAGUACUUCCGCGACAUCCUCGAGCGCGAGAGCGCGCGCGUCACCAUCCCGCCGCUGCCGGGCAAGGUCUUUACCAACCGCUUCAGCGACGACGUCAUCGAGAACAGGCGUGCCGGCCUCGAGAAGUUCCUCAAGAUUGUCGUGGGACACCCGCUGCUCCAGACGGGGAGCAAGGUCCUCGCGGCAUUUGUGCAGGACCCUAACUGGGAUCGCAAUGUCUGGUGA